AGACCAUCCAAAACUUUCUGUUGAAGAAAACAUAGAAAAAAAGCUAAAACUAAAAAAUGGCUUUGCAUAAGUUUCCUCUCAUGGGGCUACUUAUGCUCCUAACCAUUGUCGUCUCUCCAGCAACAGCCGAUGGACCUGUUUGCCCACCGUCCACCAAACUAAGCCGGGCAAGUUUCCCUGAAGGCUUUUUAUUUGGCACGGCUACUGCAGCGUACCAGGUUGAAGGUGCAGUGAAUGAAACUUGUCGUGGACCUGCCUUAUGGGAUAUCUACUGUAAGAGAUAUCCAGCCAGAUGCAACAACGAUAACGGCGAUGUGGCCGUUGAUUUCUUCCAUCGUUAUAAGGACGAUAUUCAACUAAUGAAGAAUCUAAACACCGAUGCCUUCAGAAUGUCUAUCGCGUGGCCAAGAAUAUUUCCACAUGGGAGAAAGGAGAAAGGAGUGAGCCAAGCUGGUGUGCAAUUUUACCACGACGUCAUCGACGAGCUCAUCAAAAAUGGUAUAACUCCGUUCGUGACUGUGUAUCACUGGGACACUCCACAAGAUUUAGAGGACGAAUAUGGUGGCUUUUUAAGUGAAAGGAUUGUGAAAGAUUUCCGGGAAUAUGCAGAUUUUGUUUUCCAAGAAUAUGGUGGAAAAGUGAAACAUUGGAUCACUUUCAACGAGCCAUGGGUUUUCUCCCACGCCGGUUAUGACGUUGGCAAGAAAGCACCAGGACGUUGCUCUAAGUACGUCAAAGAAGAAUGUCAAGAAGGAAGAUCAGGAUUCGAGGCUUACCUUGUCACUCACAAUCUCCUUAACUCUCAUGCAGAAGCAGUUGAAGCUUUCAGACAAUGCGAAAAGUGUAAAGGUGGUAAGAUCGGUAUUGCACAUAGUCCGGCUUGGUUCGAGCCACACGACCUUGCUGAUUCACAGGACGGUGCAUCCAUAGACCGUGCACUUCAAUUUAUUUUGGGAUGGCAUUUAGACACAACUAUAUAUGGAGAUUAUCCACAGAUCAUGAAAGACAUUGUUGGACACAGACUGCCUAAAUUUACUGAUGCACAGAAAGCAAAACUGAAAAACUCCGCCGAUUUCGUCGGCCUCAACUACUACACUUCAGUGUUUUCAAACCAUUUGGAGAAGCCAGAUCCUUCUAAACCAAGAUGGAUGCAAGAUUCUCUUAUUAACUGGGAAAGUAAGAAUGCUCAAAACUUCAGCAUUGGUAGCAAGCCUUUCACCGCUGCACUUCCCGUUUAUGCGAGAGGCUUUAGAAGUCUUUUGAAGUACAUCAAGGAUAAGUACGCAAACCCUGAGAUUAUGAUCAUGGAAAACGGAUAUGGAGAAGAGCUUGGGGCUACAGAUUCAGUUGAAGUUGGUACAGCUGACCAUAACAGGAAAUAUUAUAUUCAGAGGCAUCUUUUGAGCCUGAAUGAAGCUAUUUGCAUCGACAAGGUGAAUGUUACUGGAUACUUUGUAUGGUCAUUGAUGGAUAACUUUGAGUGGCAAGAUGGUUACAAGAACAGAUUUGGACUUUAUUACGUUGACUUCAAGAAUAACCUCGCACGACAUGUUAAAGAAUCUGGCAAGUAUUACAAAGAGUUCCUAAGCCAAGGUGUUCGUCCAUCCAUGAUCAAGAAAGAUGAGCUUUGAGAUGUAUUCUGAGGAUUUGGUUGUCUGUUUCAAGGUUUCUUUCUUAUGUUUUCAUUUGUGAUUUGACCAAGAUCAAUGAAGUCUUGGUUAUAAUAAGAAUCUUUUUCAAUUU